AUAAUGAUAAUUUAUAAAAAUUUAGAAAAAAAUUUACAAGAAUUAAUGUUACUUGGUUUUGAAUACUCAACUUAUUCUUCAUUAUGCUUUAGUUUAAAAGAUUAUUUAAAUAUAUUACCAAAUAAAAUAACUAAAUAUUUAAAUUAUUAUAAUAAUAAAUCUAAUAAAUAUUUAAAAAUUUUAUUAAAUAAUUUUUCAUAUAAUAAAUUUUAUAACAUAUUAUUAUUAUUAUAUAUAUUUAAAAUAAAAUUAAAAAAAAGUCAAUUUAUACAAAUAUCACAAUAUAAAGGAAUUAUAGAUAAAAAUAUUAAAUCUACUUUAUUACAUACAAAUUUAUUAAAAGGAUUAAAUAUUCAACAUUAUAUAUAUUCAUGUUUUAGUGCUAGAAAUAGUAUAUUAUCAACAGGACUUAUAACAGCAGAUAUUGGAUAUUUAAUGAAAAAAUUAAUUGAAUGUUUAAGAUCUUUAUAUAUUAAAGAAUUAAGUUGUAAUAAUUAUUUUAAUUUAAAAUAUAAUAAAAUAUUAAAUUAUAAUAAUAAAAAAUAUAAUAUUAAACAAAUAUAUAAAAUAUUUUUAUGUAAUAGUUUAAAAAAUAUAUGUUCAAAAUGUUUAUUAAUUAAAUCUAAAAUUAAUAAUAUAAUAGGUUAUAAUAAAGGAAUUUUAUCUAGUCAAGCUAUAUGUGAACCAAGACUACAAUCUGCUUUAAGAACUUUUCAUAUAGGAUGCUUAAAAACAAAUAUAAAUAUAACUUCUAUUAAUAUAAAUUUAAAUAAAUAUUUCUUUAAUUAUAAUAAAAAUAUUAAAAAUAAAUUAUUUAUUAAUAAUAAAUAUAUAUCAAUAAUAUUUAAUAAAAAAUAUAAUAACAAUAAAUUAAUAUUUAAUUAUAAUUAUUAUAAUUUAAUUUAUAAUAAUAAUAUAAUAAAUUAUAAAAAUAUUUAUAAUCAAUAUUAUAAUAAUAAUAAAAAUAAUAUAAAAUAUAAUAAUAUUAUUAAAAAAUUAUACUCAUUAUUAUAA